AUGAGGUUUAGCACUCCAUUGUUGGCAGCGGCGGUCAUGACCACAAAGGUCCAUGCCGCUCUGAGACAGUACACUCUGGUCGUCACCCACUCGAACAUCGCUCCCGAUGGCGUCUCUCGCAGCGCCUGGCUGGUAAACGGCACAACACCUGGGCCUACGAUCGUCGCCGACGAGGGUGACCAGCUUAGUAUCAACGUCAUAAACAAGGGCGACGAGCCUAUCACUAUCCACUGGCACGGAAUCGAACAGCUCGGAACCCCCUGGUCCGAUGGAGUCCCCGGAGUCACCCAGUACCCCAUUCCUGUCGGCAAAUCAUUCAUGUACAACUGGACGGCAACUCAGAUGGGCUACCAUUGGUACCACUCUCACCAGCACCUGCAAGUUGAUGACGGUCUACGUGGUGACAUCUACCUUCGUCCCAAGCCUGGUCGCCAGAACCCUUUCAGCCUCAUUUCGAGCAACUCUGCGGAUAUUGCUGCCAUGAAGGCCGCCGAGCAAAACCCCCAUAAGCUGUUUAUAUACGACUGGAAACAUAAGACCGCAGACGAGUAUAUGAACGAAUGGAAGCGCACUAUGGUCGAACCUUUGUGUUUGGAUGACAUCCUGAUCAACGGAAAGGGACAGGUCGUAUGUCCUAGUCGUCAGAUCUUGGAUCCGGUGGUCAACCCAACUGUCGGAAAGGCAACGGAUAAAGGCUGUGCAUUCCCGAACAAUACCAAGGUGUUCCCCUACGGAGGAGACCCGAACUCCGUCAAGCCCGAGAUCUUCUACCAAUGCAAGAACACAACCACAGAGCUCGAAGUGUUCCAGGUCAACCCUGCGUCAAAAUGGGCCGCGUUCAACGUUGUCAACGCUGCUAGCAUCUGGGACCUGCGCGUGUCGAUCGAUAACCAUACCUUGUACACGUUUGCCGCCGAUGGAUCCUACAUUCGGCCAAUCCAAUCAGAGUUUAUUGGUAUCCCAAUCGGAGAGCGUUUCCAGUUUUUCAUCAAGCUCGACAAGCCUGUGGGGGAUUACACUGUUCGGGUUGCCGCCUCUGUGCUCCCUCAGCGCCUGAGUGGAUUCGCGGUUCUCCAAUACAACACCAAAGCACCCAUCAAGCGCGAUCUGCUCGACCCACCCACUAAAGUCAAGCGUGCCGUCACCACUACUCCGGCCCCCAAGAACCCCUACAUCGAUUAUGCCGGCCAAGCUAUCGGGUCGGCUCGGGAGCUCGACACCGUUGACAUUAAGCCAUUCCCGGCCAACCCUCCGCCGAAGCCGUCUCCUGAUCAGAUUGUCACGAUUCGUCUUAACGCCGAGCGUACCUCGGAGCUUGGGUGGUUCUUGAACAACAGGACUUGGACGGAAUUGCCCGAUUCAGCGACACCCCUUUUGUUUGACUACAACCAAGCGAGCGCAAUCGAUUCUCACCUCAAGUUCACGUCCUUAAAGGGGCAAUACGUUGAUGUGAUUAUGGUCGUUACUAGCGGCAAUCCGUCAAUCCAUCCCCCUCACCCUAUUCACAAGCACGGUGUAAAGGCCUGGUUCCUAGGAUGGGGCUCUGGGGCAUUCCCCUAUAACACAGUAGCUGAAGCUCAGGCUGCAGGACUUCCGGGACUGAACUUGGUCGACCCGCAGUAUCGUGACACAUUCGUCACUCCUCCUGGACUGGGCGGCCAAAACUGGAUUGCCUUCCGCUUCCAGUCUACCGACCCAGGCCCAAUGUUCAUGCAUUGUCACAUUGACCCGCACUUGGCAGUUGGCAUGGCGGUGGUACUCUUGGAGGGGAUUGACCAAUGGCCAAAGACGCCAAGCUACUACACUUCUCAGCACUAA